GGUGUAAAUUUAUUGCGAUAGCGUCGCAAACUCGGUCGGAAAAUCGUUUCGCGGUAUUCGCAUUUUUAGAUUGCGUUCAAUGUCGCGCGCAUUUUUUAACUAAAUAGUCCUGAUAUCUUUUUUGGAUGAAUGUUAAUAUCGGUUUAAACUAUUCAUUUCUGAUACAGCUUUGUGGGAAUUGUUAUUAGGCGAACGACGACUUACGCUGGUAUCAGAUAAAGUAUCAUUUGGGACUAUAAAAAUAACAACGGGGGAGAGUUAAACAAUACAAUAUGUAUUAUUCUCGGUUGUGAAACAAAGUGAUAGUGGGAGGGCACCACAAAAUCUCUACGUACAUAUAUAUAGUAUAUUGGAGUACCCAUUGACAUUAUUAAAUCGUUAAUUGUCAACAAGUGCAAUGUUAGUGCCUGUGAUUAUUGUGGUAUUAUUUUGUCAGUCACUUGGAAGACCUCAAACGGAAAUCGAAAAAGAUGAAAGUCUUAUGCACAUGAUUCAUCAUCACCUGAGGAAACGUGCGGCAAAGCUGAAUGUUGAAGAAACUAACGCACAAUAUUGGAUGAAGAACGCUCAGUUUGCUGUAAACGAGAGAAUUUCAAGGAAAGUUAAUACAAACGUUGCCAAAAAUGUGAUAAUGUUUUUGGGCGAUGGUAUGUCCAUUCCAACUUUAGCAGCAGCCAGAAUGUAUUUGGGAAGUGAAAAUCACAAAUUGUCAUUUGAUGAAUUCCCGUACACUGGAUUAUCUAUGACUUAUUGUGUGGAUAAACAGGUGCCCGAUUCGGCUUGCACCGCAACGGCUUACCUUGGCGGGGUAAAAGGCAAUUUAGGCACCAUUGGGGUUACAGCAGCCGUGGAGCUAAACGACUGCGAUGCCAUGACCAACACCAGCAAUUACGUCGAUUCCAUAGCCCGAUGGUCGCAAACUAAGGGCAAACGAACAGGACUCGUGACCACCGCCCGAGUCACACAUGCAUCUCCAGCUGGUAUUUACGCACACACAGCUCAAAGGAACUGGGAAGCGGACAGUAACAUAAUCAGUGAUAAUCAGGAUCCACAAAUUUGUAAAGAUAUUGCUUAUCAACUGGUGAACUGGGACACCGGCAAUAAUUUGAACGUUAUUCUUGGUGGUGGUCGAGGUGAGUUUCUUCCAAACAAUACCGUCGACGAACAAGGCAAUCGUGGCAACAGAUCUGAUGGGAUCAACCUCAUAGACGAAUGGCUCGAGAACAAAUCAGAUCAAGGACAGGCUGAGUACGUUUGGAAUAGAGAUCAGCUUUUGAAUAUUGAUGAUAGUACUGAUUAUCUGCUCGGUUUGUUUGAUGCCAGUCACAUUCCGUAUAACCUCGAACGAAACUCGUCAGUGGUACCAUCCUUGGAAGAGAUGACGGAAGCGGCGAUCAAAAUGCUGGAGAAAAGUCCACAAGGUUACUUUCUCUUCGUAGAAGGGGCAAGAAUAGACAUGGCUCACCAUGAAGCCCAAGCCAGGAAGGCUUUUGAGGAAACCUCUGAGUUCUCCAAAGCAGUACAGAAAGCUGUUGAUAUUACGAACGAAGAAGACACUUUAAUAGUUGUAACGUCAGAUCAUGCACACACCAUGAGCAUCAGCGGUUAUCCAGAGAGGGGAAACGAUAUUUUGGGGUUGGGUGGGAAGGAUAUGGAUGGAUUCUUUUACACCACCAUCAACUAUGCUAACGGCAUGGGGUAUCGAACUCUUGACGCUGAUGGAAGCAGACAUGAUUAUUCCAAAGAUGAUUUUAGUGACAUAAACUAUAGGUAUCCUGGAGUGUUUCCAAUGGAGUCGGAGACUCAUGGAGGAGACGACGUAGGCAUUUUCGCCAGAGGACCAUGGUCGCAUUUGUUCACCGGCGUCAUGGAACAAAACGUCAUACCCCAUCUUAUGGCCUAUGCCUCUUGUGUCAGUGACGGCAUCACCGUUUGUGACUUCCUCAAAGAAUCUUAAUGUUUAUCCCGGUGUCGUAUAAUAUAUAAUGUAUAAAAACAAUUAAAUAUUAAUUAUUUAUUUUUAAAAUUAUGUCAUGUAAAUAGUGUAAGCCAUUGUUCCUAACUGUCGAGAAAAUCUGUGAUUUUAAUAAAAAAAAUUGUGCAGUUUCGA